AUGAAUUUAUCAGUAAAAAUACCACCACCACCAGACUACUCAAGUAUUAUCAAUUCUUUUAAUUCUUCUCUUAACUCUCUUAAUUCCCCUGCUUCCCCUCCUGCUCUCCCCCCACCCUCCUCAUAUAGUCCUUUAGCUUCACCUACUCUAUCUGGCUCAUGGAAUGUAAAUAAAUCUCAAGCUGAGCUUACCUCUUUAUUAAAAGAAGCAUACAAUGUCAUUAAAGAAAAAGAAAGAGCAGAAAUUGGGAAAAGUUUAUUGGAAAAUAACAUGGCAUUAAAAGCCAAAUAUGAAGGUUUGGUUACUCAAUAUCAAAGUUUAGAAAAACAAAGACAAAGGGAAGCAAUGGCUACUAUGCGACAUGGUAUACCAAUAGCUCCACCAAACAAUAUGGAUUAUCCUUUCGAAGAUCCUUAUGAAAGUGAUAAUAAUAGUGAUACUGAAUCAAUAAACAAAGUCGAGGUGAUUAAAGAAUUGGAAUCAAGAAACCAAGAUCUUCAAGCAAGACUUGAUGAAGUCAUGAGAGAAUUUACCGAUACAGACAAAGUUAAUAAAACGAAAAUACGCAAAAUCGAAUCCGACUUAAAACAUUAUCAAGAUCGUUAUUCUCAGGCCACUCUGAAAAUCGAGGAUCUUGAAAAACAAACUGAAAAUUUGCUCCAAAAACAAAAGUCUGAUUUUUGGCAAUUAAAAUACGACAAGAAAACUUCGAAAAAUGACGCCUUCAUUGAAGCUUUGGUGAAUAAAGUGGCAGAAUUGGAAGAACAAAAUCAUCAUAUCGAGAAGAAAAAGUCUGAAACCGAAAGAAAAUUAUCUAUGGUCACGAAUGAAUUAGAUCUUUUGCAGGAACAAUGUAAUCAGUUGGCUAACGAUUCACAAAACUAUGAAAUCCUACAAAUGCAAUGUCGUCAACAAACAGAGCUAAUCAACGAUUUAUCAGAAUCUUUAGAGUACGAACGUUCAAGAGUUGUCAGCAUGAAAUCAGGAAUGCCAUAUUCAAGAGCAACCUCAAGGUUUGCCUCGAGAUCAAAUUCUUUCUCUGAGCAUCAAAUUUCCAACACUUUAAGAAGAUUAAGUAAUCCUGAUAGAUCAUUAUUUGGUGCUGCCCCGGCUAGCCCUGGCGGUGGACUAGGAGGAAAAAUUAAAAGGACUUUGCUUUCAGAAUUGGAAGAUGAAUUUCGUCGUACUUUUGAUUAUCACAAACCAAUCGAGGGAAUUUUUGAAUCACCGCCAUCAUUUUCACCCACAUCAGAGAAAAGCUUCUUCUUUGAUGAUAGUAUGUCAUUACUAAGCGAUGAUUUUGUCUUCUUGGAUGAAUUUGAUGAAGAUAAAAUAAAUUUAAUAAGAGAAUGGUUUUGGAGAAGAUGGGCAAGAAGCAUUUACUCAUUCUUUAGAUUAAUUUGGAGAUGGGCUAAAUUCCUUUUGAUUUUGAUUGCUGCGAAUUUAAUGGCUAUAUAUCGUGGUCCUGAUAAUAUCUUACCUGACACGUAUUAA